AUGCCGCUGCCGAACGGAUGCUCCAUCAACGCCGAGUCCCCGGAGGAGAGCGACGACGCCAAGGCUCUCGUCCAGGACGACGUGGCUCCUCCUCCGUGCUGCUCGGCGCGCCUCAACCUCGCUGUCCUCAUGUUCCUCGGCUUCUCCGUGGUCUACGGCCUGCGGGUCAACCUGAGCGUGGCCAUGGUGGCCAUGGUGAACGCCUCGGACCCGUCGGUGGACAGGAACACGUCGGUGCCCCCCGCCUGCCCGGUGCCGUCGGGCUCCAGGAACAGCAGCGGAGCUCUGCAGCAGCCGGAGGGGACCCCCCAGUACCCGUGGGACUCGGAGACCCAGGGCUGGCUGCUGGGGGCCUUCUUCUUCGGGUACUUGUGCACGCAGAUCCCUGGGGGGUACCUGGCCGGUCACUACGGGGGGAGCAAGUUCCUGGGUUUGGGUGUGUUGAGCACGGCGGUCCUCACCCUCCUCACCCCCCUGGCUGCGGGGUGGGGGUCCAGCUGGCUGUUCGCCCUGCGAGCGUUGGAGGGGUUUGGAGAGGGCGUGACGUACCCGUCCAUGAUGGCGAUGUGGACUCGGUGGGCCCCCCCUCUGGAGCGGUCCCGCCUCAUGACCCUGUCCGGCUCCGGGGGCAGCUUCGGGGCCUUCGUGUCGCUGCCGCUCACGAGCCUCAUCUGUGAAAAACUGGGCUGGCCCGCCGUUUUCUACCUGUGUGGGGGCGCCGGCUGCCUCUGGUUCUUCUUCUGGUUGGCCUUCGUGUCCGACGAUCCUCGCACUCAUCGUCGAAUCAGCGAAGAGGAGAGGGAUUACAUCGUAAACUCCAUCGGCGCUCAGGGAACGGGUCACGGCUGGUCGGUGCCGCUGCUGUCCAUGGUCCUGUCGGUGCCGCUGUGGGCCAUCAUCAUCACUCAGAUGUGCUCCAACUGGACCUUCUACACGCUGCUCACCUCCCUGCCCACCUACAUGAACGACGUGCUGCACUUCGACCUGCAGUCGAACGGUUUCCUGUCCGCCCUGCCGUACCUCGGGAACCUGCUGGUGUCGCUGCUGUCGGGCGUCGCCGCCGAUCGCCUCAUGGAGAGGAAGGUGUUCAGCACCACCACCGUACGCAAACUCUUCACCUUCACAGGCCUGCUGCUGCCGGCGGUUUUCCUCGUUCCUGUCGGCUACGUCGGCUGCAGCCACAUCCUCACCGCCACCUUCCUCACCCUCUCCACCAGUUUAGGAGGAACCAGCUCCGCCGGAGUCUUCAUGAACCAGAUCGACAUCGCCCCUCGGUACGCGGGAUUCCUCCUGGGAAUCACCAACACGUUCGGGACGAUCCCGGGGGUUAUGGCGCCGAUCGUGACGGGAUAUUUUACUGAAGACCACUCGCUGGAGGGCUGGAGGAAGGUGUUCUGGGUCGCCGCAGGGAUCAACGUCGGCGGCGCCAUCUUCUACACCCUGCUCGGCAGCGGGAAGGUCCAACCGUGGGCCGACACGGAGGAGAAUCGGGCAGAACCGGCCAGGACCAGGACCGUGGUGCUGUAAAAAUAGGAAACCCAGCAGCAGCUCAGAGUUCAGGGACGUAUAAUUAUUGGUCCAAUCACAAAUCGAUUAUCAGUUUUAUAAGAUGAACCUUCAGGUUGAACCAGGACGUUAGAGAUUAAGAGACGCAGACGCUAAAGUCCCAACAAAGUCCUGCUGAUCACAAGUGGGAUUACAGGAAAGAUCACU